UGGAGGCAAUUUUAAACUGAAUAAUCAUAAAAUCAGAAUGCAUACAUAACAUAUAUAAAAGAUUUUGUGUUUAGUGCGAGUCAACGGAAAAUUAAAAAGAAAAAAAUAACUUGCCAUAAUUUGUGAAAAAGUCAAACUGUAUAAAUUGAUGGUACGUAGUAACAAACACUUAUAUAUACUUCACCACACACAACAUGCAAAUUAUAUUCAUCUGAUAUAUAUACAUCUGCAUAUAUAUCAUCAUCAAUAUUAUUAUCCAUGGCUUCCUACAACAAUAUUCAAAAACCCUUGUCGUUUUUUUUGAUAUUAAUCCUCCUUAAUUGUAUGAUUUGUUUGAGUGAAGAAGCAAUUACCGGAUCAAAUUCAUCAUCAUCUGCUCCCAUCAUUCCAGAUUCGUCGUUCGGCGUGUUUAUGAUAAAGUUCCGCAUCGGAACGCCACCUGUCCAAGUUUUUGGAAUUGCCGACAUGGGCACUGACCUGACGUGGAUACAAUGUAGUAGAAGUAGUAAUAAUACUAAUAUAUUCGAUCCCAAAAAAUCGAAAACUUUUCGAAAUAUUUCGUGCGGGUCCGACGAGUGCGGACUAUUGGACGAAACCAGGUGCGGUGAAGAAGAACAACCCUGCGAUUUCCUUAGUUACUACAGAGAUUAUGCUACCUUUGUUUCUGGAGAAGCAGCAGCAGAGACUUUCACUUUUGAUAAUAAUAAUAAUAAUAUUAAUAGUAAUAAUAGUAAUAAUAAUGAUUUAGCAAUAUUUCCAGAGGUUGUGUUUGGAUGUGGGUACAAAAAUGAGGGCAAGGCAAUAUAUACAGCUGUGGUGGGUCUUGGGCAGGGCCCGUCUUCCAUAGUCAGACAAAUCGGAGGUUCCAGAUUCUCGUAUUGCCUGACGUCAUCAAAUGUUUCGGCAGGGAGCAGGAUAAGGUUCGGCAGUGAUGCGGCGGUGACAGCUGGCCCUAAUGUGGUGUCGACUCCUUUGAAGAAGGCGUAUUCAUUCGAUGCCCCUAAUUAUUACAUCAGGUUAGAGGGCAUUACCGUUGGUGAUAAAAGGCUGCAGUUCGUUGGUGGCAUGACGCCGGCAUUGAAAAGAAUGGGUAACAUCGUCUUUGACUCUCGCACGUCGUCGACGAAGCUGCCGAGUGAGUUUUAUAACCAGCUGGAGUCUGCGUUGGUCAACGCUAUCAAUGGAACUAGUAAGCGUGUGCCUGAUCCGAGAAGAGGUCCCGCCGGAUUAUGCUACGCCGGCGCAGUCCCGACGGAUUAUCCGGCGUUGACCGUGCAUUUUGAGGGGGCGGACUUGGCGCUGCCGCGCGAGAGCACGUUCGUGGAGGUGGUGGAGAAGAAAGGGGUGGUUUGUCUGACUUUCUUGCCCACGUCUGAAUUUCCUGCUUUCGGUAACAUACAACAGAGGAAUUUUCUCAUCGGAUUUGAUCUUCAGAAUCGCAAGAUAGAUUUCUUGCCCACUGAUUGCGCUAAGGUCCACUGAUUUAGUGAAACUGAAUUUUAAAAAAAAAUACUGUACUCUAUAAUUUCCCAAUUUCAAAAUAAAAGGCUUAAUAAUAUUUAUAAAAAAUUCUGUCUUGAGCAAAAAAUUGUUUUAAGUUUAAUUUAUUUGUAAUAACAUUUUUGGUACAUAGAUUAGAUCAGAAGCAAAUUUAAUAUAUAAUU